AGCCGCCCAGAGUCGGCUAUUGGCCUGCUCUGCCCGGAGAGGCCAGUGCGGGCCGCAGUCGCGGGACCCGUGGCGGUUCGCGCGUCAGAGCUGCCCCAGCAAGCGUUGGCCGCGGACAUGACGCCUGAGGACCAGGAAGAGACCCAGCCGCUUUUGCGGCCGCCAGACAGCGCUCCCCGCGGCCGCGGCGUCUUCCUCGCCGCCUUCGCCGCUGCCCUGGGCCCUCUCAGCUUCGGCUUCGCGCUCGGCUACAGCUCCCCGGCCAUCCCGAGCCUGCGGCGCUCCGCUUCUCCGACCCCGCGCCUCGACAACGACACCGCCUCCUGGUUCGGGGCAAUCGUGACCCUGGGCGCCGCGGCGGGGGGCGUGCUGGGCGGCUGGCUGCUGGACCGCGCCGGGCGCAAGCUGAGCCUCCUGCUCUGCACCGUGCCCUUCGUGACCGGCUUUGCUGUCAUCACCGCGGCCCAAGAUGUGUGGACGCUGCUCGGGGGCCGCCUCCUCACCGGCCUAGCCUGUGGCAUUGCUUCACUAGUGGCCCCGGUCUAUAUCUCUGAAAUUGCCUACCCCAAAGUGCGGGGGCUCCUCGGUUCCUGUGUGCAGCUGAUGGUCGUCAUAGGCAUCCUCCUAGCCUACCUGGCAGGCUGGGUCCUGGAGUGGCGCUGGCUGGCCGUGCUGGGCUGUGCGCCCCCCACCUUCAUGCUGCUGCUUAUGUGCUGUAUGCCGGAGACCCCACGCUUCUUGCUGACUCAGCACAAGCGCCAGGAAGCCAUGGCUGCCGUGCGAUUCCUGUGGGGCUCCGAGCAGGGCUGGGAAGAGCCCCCUUUUGGGGUUGAGCACCAGGGCUUCCACCUGGCCCAGCUGAGGCAUCCUGGCAUCUACAAGCCCUUUGUCAUCGGCAUUUCACUGAUGGUCUUCCAGCAGCUGUCAGGGAUCAACGCUGUCAUGUUCUAUGCAGAGACCAUCUUUGAGGAGGCCAAGUUCAAGGACAGCAGCCUGGCCUCGGUCAUUGUGGGCACGAUCCAGGUGCUGUUCACGGCUGUGGCGGCCCUCGCCAUGGACAAAGCGGGGCGGAGGCUGCUCCUGGCCUUGUCAGGUGUGGUCAUGGUGUUCAGCACCAGUGCCUUCGGCGCCUACUUCAAGCUGUCCCAGGGUAGCCCCAGCAACUCCUCACAUGUGGACCUCUGGGCGCCCGUCUCCAUGGAGCCCACCAAUGCCAGUGUGGGGCUGGCCUGGUUGGCAGUGGGCAGCAUGUGCCUCUUCACUGCUGGCUUCGCUCUGGGCUGGGGGCCCAUCCCCUGGCUCCUCAUGUCUGAGAUCUUCCCUCUGCACGUCAAGGGUGUGGCCACCGGUGUCUGCGUCCUCACCAACUGGCUCAUGGCCUUUCUGGUGACAAAAGAGUUCAGCAGCCUCAUGGAGGUGCUCAGGCCCUACGGCGCUUUCUGGCUCGCCUCCGCCUUCUGCAUCGGCAGUGUCCUAUUCACUUUAUUCUGCAUCCCUGAAACCAAAGGAAAGACUUUGGAGCAAAUCACAGCCCAUUUUGAGGGGCGAUAACAGCCUGUUCCCGGGAUUCGCUGCCCCUCCUAGCUGGGCUGGCUUGGGCUUUGGAGGGGACAGAGCCUGCCUGUGACUUCAAGCAGGGCUUCAGCCAGAUCCCGGAUCCCCUGCCCACCCCCAGGGAGCCGGGAUCCAGGACCGCAGGCUCUCGGAGCCUUGCCCUCUGGGGUCUCUCCUUCCUGCCCAGCUCUCUAUCGCCCCUCGAGCCCCGGGUCCAGUUCCCACUGCUGCUCUGAGACUCGGAGGAGGGGACACCUCAGAUGGUCUUUGCUGCCCUGUGGCCAGUCCCCCACACGCCGCCGUCUCCAUCGUGACACAAACGCGAGUGGAGGAGGGGGACGCUUGGCUCCUUGUUUCCUGGAGGAAGUGAUUUUGGAGCCUGGGUUAUGACCCAUGGUUUCUCCUCACAUGGCUGCAUUAUCAGGAAGGAACUUUGCCAAAUAAAAAGAUUUGACUCAGAAAAUCAGGUCAUGACCUCUCUCUGAGUUUGAGAAGGGCAUUUUCCUGUCCCUUCCAUAAACCAGGCCUUGCCAAGAACACGUGUGGGUUGACUUCCCAUUGCAUAACCCGCCUUCUUCACGUCGCAGGCUGUGCAGCCCCAGCAUGUGCCCACCGUGGCACCUUCUAUUAGGCCUUGUAAUGAGACCAGAGACGGGGCGGACGUGCAGUGUGGGCCAAGGCAGAGCAGUGGGGAGAGCAGGGCCCCGGGGUAGUUUCUGGAAGAUCAGCUGCCCUGAUUUCAGUAAAAUGUGCUAAUACACAGGACAGCUUUCAGCCUCGGCAAACUCCAGACUCCUUGGGGACUUCCAGAAGUGAGCUCCUGCGCAGGCGCACGUUCCAUGUCAAUACCUGCUUGUCUGCACCCCUUCGCACCUGCACAGUGGUCCAUUGGGUUGAGAACCGCAUUGUAACACUAGGUGAACUGUUCUACAAAUGUCAAUUAGGUUGCGUUUGAUAGAGGGGUUCAGGUCUUCUACACCCUCCUCGAUUUUCUCUCUGCUUGUAUCAGUUCCUGAGCGAGGCUGAAAUCUCCACCUGCAAAUGUGAGCCUGUUUCUCCUUGCGGCUCCGUCGGGUUUCGCUUCAUGUGCCUUCAAGCUCUGUUAUCAGGAGUGUGCACAUUUUGGGUUGUUACAUUUUCCUGCUUGUUUUGUCUUUUAUCGUUAUGAAAUGACCUUUAUCCCUGGUCAUGGUCUUGUUCCGAGGUCUACGUUAUCUGAUCUCAGUGUGACCAACCACUCCAGCUUUCUUUGAUCGGUGUUUUGACAGUCAUUCUAAACUGUCUCUUAUUCUCUGUUCCUUUUGCACAGCAUCCUAUACUUUUCUUCUUGAUGGUGUACCGUUUUGGGUUUCUGUGAGGAUUCAUACUUUCACUUACAAACAAUGAGUUUUAUUAAGGCAUAUUUAUAUACCAUAAAAUUCAGCAACUGUACACAUAAAAUUUGAUGACUUAGGUCAGGCGUAUACAGCUGCGUACCCACCAGCGCAAUCAACAGAGAGGACAUUUUCAUUACCCCAAAAUGUUCUCUCAUGUCCCUUUGCCGUCACUCGCCUCCCAACAGCUGUGGCCCUGGCAACCACAGAUGUGUUUUGUCCCUACAAUUUUGUUGUUUCGUAAAAAUGGAACCAUGUAGUUUGCAGUCAAUUCUGAGUCUGGCUUUAACUCAGCAGGGCAGGGUUUAGGCUCAUCCAUGUUGUUUCAUGCCUCACUCGUUCAUUUCAUUUUACUGUUGAGUAGCAAUCCAUGGGACAUUUGGGCCAGUUCCGGCUUUGGACUGUUAUGAAUAAAGCUGCUAUAAAUAUCUGCAUGCAGGUUUUCUGUGGAGUGGAACUGCUGGGUCAUAUG